ACCCACCUUUCAUCCACCAUGGGUUGUGGCAACUCCAAGCAAGAGAUCGUCUCUGCGACAAGCGCAACAUGGGCGAUUCCGUCGACGGAGAAAUUCAGGUUAGAAACCAUAAGCCCUAUUGGUGCAGGCGAGCCAGGGGACCCAUGGAACGCGAGCACACCCAGGAGCCCGUGUGUGAACGUCAGCCCCUGGGACCGCGAGGUGACGGACGACCUGCUGGAGACUCACACGAGUGAUUACAAGGACACGAACCCUCCCAUCACUCCGCCGAGGAAGAGGAAAUCAGAGGCAGUUCCCCCACCCGCAGCCUUUGCAUUUAUUGACGAAUAUGUUGUCAAGGCUCCCGACAGCGUUCAGUCAUCAGUGGCCUUCCUCGCUCAGUACCUCACAAGACCAGCCCAGAAUGACAUGGAGAAAGUUCGCGCAUUCUUCAGAUGGAUUGCUCACAAUAUCAGAUAUGACACCAACAUCCUGAGAAGGGGUAAAUGCGGUCCCCAGGACGCUGACUCUGUGCUGCGGUACAAGAGGGCUGUGUGUGCUGGCUUCUCAUCGCUCUUCCUAGCGCUCUGCAGGGAGGUGAAGAUACCCUGCAAGGUUGUAUCCGGCAUCGCCAAAGGAUAUGGGUUUGACCCCGAAGUGAGGGUCACGGCGGAUACCGACACCAACCACGCCUGGAACAUCGUCUACGUCAACGGCGAUUGGAGACCCAUCGAAGUCACGUGGGGUGCGGGGUACAUUGGCGACAAGUUCAAAUAUGUAAAACAGUUUAAUGAGUUCCACUUUUUAACCGACCCGGAUGACUUCGUGGUGAAACACUUGCCAUACAUAGACAAAAACUACGACAAAAGCCACUGUUAUCAAUUGCUGGCCAAACCUUUAACGAUUGAUGAAUAUGCAAAAGCUAUCUGUCCCCAUGUCGAGGGAAUUGAAUGGGGAUUUGAGUCUAAAACACACGGUCAGGUGGUAGACAUGGACAAAGAAUGUGAAAUUAGGAUUGCAACGAAACGAAUCACCUUACAGGAUCUUUUCUCUGACCUCAAAGACAUAUCAACGGGGAAACAUUACAAUGAACAUGUCCUGCUGAGAAAGACGCCAGAUGGAGGGUUUUCUGUUAAGGUAACACCUCCAAUCACAGGUAAAUUUGAACUGCGACUGUACGGGGAAGAGAAAGGUGCCACUCGGAAUACGUGUCUCAUGACCUAUACAAUACGUUGUCACAGCGUGUGCACUCUUGUGAAGCCCUAUCCAAAAAGCUGGGGGACAUGGGGCUUAAAAGCCGACCCGGAAACGUAUGGCUUUAAGACGGACACUUGCACAAUAGAUCUGGUCAAAGCAAAAAGUGGAAAAGCUGAAAUAAACAUGAUGGUUAAACCAUGUGCUUUUCCAUCUUUCAAUCUGGUUCAUUCUGAAGAUAAGAGAAAAGACCUCACAAAGUUCCUCAUGGCGUUCAUAAAAGACGGAAUGCUGAAAAUAAAGUUUCGUUUUCCAUUGGCCGGCUAUUACAAAUUUACAAUAUUUGCCCCCAAAGUCACUGGCUCGAAACAUGAACAUGAUCACCUUGGAGACAUUCUUAUAGAAAGCGAGGAUUCCCAUCCGGAUACACUCCCGUAUCCCACAAUGCACUUCACGUGGGGCCUCUUCCCAGGAGCCACCAAAUAUGGAUUUCUGUCUGUGCCUCAUGCUGGAGACAUGCUUAGUUCUGAAAGCGGCAAGAUUUGUAUGAAGUUCAAGGUCAAACCUAACAUAUCCGUAUCAUUUAGGCUUGAGCAUGCCACACAGAAAAUUGUCAACCUUGACCGAUUGUUGAUGGCCUUUGUUCAAACCGACACUCUCCAUAUCUCCGCACGGCUACCGGAAGUGGGUUAUUAUAAGCUGAAUGUAUUUGGCAAAGACAUUACCCAAACAUCAAAAGACAGUAACGACCAUAUUGGCCAUUUUCUGCUUAGCUGUUCAGAUCCGUGUAAAGACCUAAAGCCGUAUCCAGACAACCAUGGCACAUGGGGAAUAAAACAGAUGGCUAGGGAUUACGGCUUUCCACCGAACAUAUUUUCCCAGAGUUCCCUGACGACGAGUGAGGCGGAAGUUGAGAUGAAACUAAUGGUAGACCCCACAGUGUCGACCACGUUUACACUGUCUCACUCAGAGAAGGAGAUCUCUGACAUUGACCGAUACGUCUUCUCGUCCAUCACAAAUGACACUCUUGUUCUCAAAGUCAGAUUUCCUAAAUCUGGCUUUUAUAAACUGGCUGUAUUCGCAAAACAUCCUGAUGCAGAUGGUGGGGCAUCAUAUGACCACAUGGGUAACAUAUUGAUUGAAAGUAAAACUGAAGUGUUGGGGAUCAAAACCUUUCCUACAAACUACACCGCGGCUAAUGACUAUGGCUGCGUUCUACUGGAGCCUCUCUGUGGUGACAUUCCAGCCAAUCAAACCACCCGACUGCGGAUGACGUCAGACAGUGUUCUGCGGAUAAUGAUCAACAAAGAAGUUCACAGAAAGGGAGAAAGUGACGAGUUUGACGUCACGUUUAACGCUCCAAGAAAGGGAGAUUCUGUUUCAGUGUAUGGGAGCGCGGAGGAAUCAGGGAACCUUUGUAGCCUCUUUAAGUUCCUGUGUGUGUAGCAUGUGAAUCAUUACUCGGAAUGCAUUUGUGUCGUUGUCGCUGAAUCCUACUUACACUUAGGAUGACACCACAAACAACAGUUGGACAUCUCGCAUGUUACGCAUGCGUUUUACAGGAUGUACUUGGUACAUUUCUGUAGCUCAAUUACCAAAGCAUGUUGUCACAUAUCUUCAGUGAAGGUCUUGAUCUAAUAAAAAAACAGGUUGUCA